AUGACUCUCGACCUUCCCAGUAACCAGCCCGAUCAUCUCCCUCCCAUCUGCGCCCUGUUUCUUAUCUAUUUCGACACCCGGGCGGGUUAUACCAUCGCGUGGAAGCGCUCGUUACCCGCUAUCGAACUCGAGGGGGUUGUCGAGUAUAAGAGCCUGCCCUCUGGAUUGCAUACGGUCAAGGAGGAUUUGAUCUACUUCGUCCAUGAAGAUAAUGCUGGUCUCAGCGCAUUCGUCAAUGCCCCCGCGGCGGAGGAGUCGAGAAAUGCGCGCAUGAUUGCUGUCGGCAUUCUGGUUCCCUUGAGCUACGGGCGGCUUGGGAGGAGUUGGAAGCAUGCAGGAAAACUGAAGGAGAUGGCCAAUCAGCUCAUUGCAGACGAGUCAAAGACACAGGUUCUCGAAGAUUUCUGGGAGGAGCAUAAAGCCCAUGAUGGCUCUGCCCCUGACGUGGAGAAUAUUUCCCCACCCGAUUCUCCUGCGAGCAUCACAUUCAAAUCGAUACGGACGACAACCAAAAGACCCAAAAGCCAAGCUAGAAAUCGCUCGGCAUCAGAUGGCACAGCACUGUUACCUCCUGGGCACAAUCUAUCUGCAUACCAUCCAGCCUGGAGCUUGCCACGUCUCCUUGAAACCUUUGGCCCGUUGAUAUUUCCUAUACACCGGGCAGCGCUCUUACGCAAAAGAAUUCUGAUCACUACACACGCACCCGUGGAAGAGACAUGUAAUUUUGUAUAUGACCUUUCUGUUCUUUCAAAUAUACCCCUCGCUGUAAGCGGCCUCUUAGCAUCUACAGCCCCUCCCCAAAGACUUCGUCCCCUAUUCUCAAUCGGCGUUCACGACAUACCCAUGUUAGAAGAUGAUCUCCGAGCCUCCAAAGCCGCCGCUACGAUGCCAGUGUCAGAAGACCUGGAAGAUCUAGACGAAACAGGACGUGGCUGGAUAGCCUGCACAACAGACAGCAUCCUCGCCAUGAAAUCUUCGCUCUAUGAUGUCCUCAUUACAAUGCCACCCCCUUACUCCGAAGAGGCCGCUCAGAAAGUCUGGCCAAAAGUCGAAUCUCCCAAAGGCGUCGAGAUGAAAGCCACGCAGAGAGAUCUGCGACGCUACAGAACUCUCCGCUGGGGCCUGACCCAUCGUGUUUCUCCACCUACCAGUCCUCAGACCACGAGGCGCGCCAGCACCGGCGAUCAGUCCUCAGAAAGGCCCCGCGUCACGUCGGUAUCCUCUCGUGACGGUCCUAUGCUCGAUAUCCCAGAUACAGACAGCAUAGUCGAGCCCCUUUCCUGGUCCGCACUCGCCUAUUCCGGAUUCAUGUGGUGGGCAUCAGCGGGUGAACAGCGUCUGCACUCCGACGAAGAGUCAGAAGCAGACGAAGCCCUCCUCUCGGGUCUUUCCCUCGGUCCCCCCAAACAUCCCGCGUCCAACAAAACCCGUUCUGUCUCAUCUACGAGUCUGAAAACCGACGGCGCUGCGAGGCAGGAGAUGGGCAUCAUCGCAUACUUCCACCGUCUGACGACGCAGAUCCUGACGACCCUGAGCGACAUCGUCGACGUGAUGGAUUCCGACGACGAGAGAGAAGAUGGGGAACGUCUUCUGCUGAAUGGGAGAGACGAGGAGGAUGAUGAUGAUGUGCCCGCCGUCUACAUCAAUAGUGCGGAUGUGGUGCGCAUGGGACUCGAUAUCUGGAGCCCCAACGACCAUGCCUUCGUCGAGGAGGUGGCUAGGGAGUAUUUCGGAAGGAGAGCACAGGUAGAUGGCGGAAGUGUUAAUGUAUGUGGGAUCCGGAUUUGUUGA